AAGUAAAGUUUCUUGAACCCCCCUCCUCGACGGUGACGGUGACGCGGGGUGACGACCGUUGGGUAACCGUGUCGUGGUGUGUCGUGAAGUGAAGUGGUCAAGAGUGAAAGAUCUUGAGAGGGUUGUACGCGCGGUUGCGAAAGAUCAGAGCCGCCGAGGAGUGACCAGAGUUUGGCCCGACUUUCCUUUCUGUUUUUUUGGAUUUGGGUCGGCUUGGAACUGAGUGAAAACAUGGAAAGUUUCUGGGUGCAGACCGCCAUCGGGGCGAUCAAGAUCAUCGCCAUGGUGUACGACAUCAUCACGAUGCCGAUCUACCUGAUCCUGCAGCGACCCUGGAAGCGGAGAGCGCUGGCCAAACGCGUAAAGGCCAAGAUCAUCCAGCAGAACGACACCUCGAUCACAUACCACGGCGUGGACGCGCCCGGCGAGAUGCACGUCAAGAUGCUGCAGAACAACAUCAACACGCUCGAGCGGAUGUUCAACUUCGUGACGAAGAUCCACUCGACGAAGCGGUGCAUCGGCACGCGCCAGAUCCUGAGCGAGGAGGACGAGAUGCAGCCGAACGGGCGCGUCUUCAAGAAGUUCAAGAUGGGCGACUACAUGUGGCGCAACUUUAUCGAGACGGAGUUCGCGGCGACCUGCUUCGGGCGGGGUCUGCGUGAGUUGGGGCAACAGCCGCGGCAGAACAUUGUGAUUUUCGCGGAGACGCGGGCGGAGUGGUUGAUUGCGGCGCACGGGUGCUUCAAGCAGAACAUGCCGCUGGUGACGAUCUACGCGACGCUGGGGGAUGAGGGCAUUGCGCACGGGAUCAAUGAGACCGAGGUGGAUAUGGUGAUUACGUCACACGAGCUGCUGCCCAAGUUCAAGACGGUGCUGGGGAUCACGCCGAACGUGAAGAAGAUCAUCUUCAUGGAGGACCAGCUGCACAAGACGGACGUUACGGGGUUCAAGGAGGGCGUCCAGAUCAUUCCAUUCUCGACGGUGAUUGAGAAGGGCGAGAAGAGCAAGAUGGACGGUUGCUCCCCGACGCCGGACGACACGGCCAUCAUCAUGUACACGUCCGGCUCGACCGGGACGCCCAAGGGAGUGCUGCUGUCGCACGCCAACUGCAUCGGCACGAUGAAGAACUUCUGCGACAUCUUCAAGAUCUACCCGGACGACGUGCUGAUCGGGUUCCUGCCGUUGGCGCACGUGUUCGAGCUGCUCGCCGAGAGUGUGUGCCUGUUGACGGGCGUGCCGAUCGGCUACUCGACGCCGCUCACGCUGAUCGACUCCAGCUCGAAGAUCAUGAAGGGCUGCAAGGGUGACGCGUCGGUGCUGAAGCCAACCUGCAUGACGUCGGUGCCGCUUAUCCUGGACCGCAUCUCGAAGGGUAUCAACGCGAAGGUCAACGCCGAGGCGCCCAUGAAGAAGGCCUUCUUCAAGUUUGCCUACCAGUACAAAACCAAGUGGGUUGCGCGGGGCUUCCUCACGCCGAUCAUGGACAAGAUCAUCUUCAAGAAGAUUGCCCGGUUAAUGGGAGGCCGCAUCCGCGGCGUCAUGUCCGGCGGAGCGCCGCUGGCGCCCGACACCCACGAGCAGAUUCAGACGUGCCUGUGCGUAGAGAUGGUCCAGGGUUACGGGCUGACGGAGACGACGGCCGGAGCGGCGGUUACAGACAAAUGGUGCAUGGAGUACGGUGUCGUGGGGGCGCCAUCGUCCGUCAACUACAUCCGGCUGAUCAACUGGGAGGAGGGCAACUACCGCGUCACGAACAAACCGUACCCGCAGGGCGAGAUCGUGGUCGGCGGCACGAGCGUAUCCAAGGGCUACUACAAACUGCCCGGCAAGACCGGCGAGGACUUCUUCGAGGAGGACGGCCAGCGGUGGUUCCGGACGGGUGACGUCGGCGAGGUGCACCCGGACGGUGUGCUCAAGAUCAUCGACCGCAAGAAGGACCUGGUGAAGCUGCAGGCCGGCGAGUACGUGUCGCUGGGAAAGGUCGAGUCGGAGCUCAAGACGUGCGCCGUGGUGGAGAACAUUUGCGUGUACGGGGAUUCGACCAAGCAGAACACGGUGGCGUUGAUCGUGCCGAAUCCGCAGGCGCUGGACGAUAUCGCCGAGCGGCAGGGCAUCAAGGGGAUGGAGUUUGAGGAGCUGUGCAGCUCGCCGGUUAUGGAGAAGGCGGUCGUGCACGAGCUGGCCGAGCAUGGCAAGAAAUGCAAACUGCACCGCUUCGAGAUCCCGACGGCGGUCACGCUGUGCAAGGACAUCUGGACGCCCGAUAUGGGCCUGGUGACGGCCGCGUUCAAGCUCAAGCGCAAGGACAUCCAGGAGCGGUACAAGAACGAAAUCAGCCGGAUGUACGCGUCCUAAAUCAUCAUCACCCCGCCCUAAAAAUCACAGACAGAGAGAGACAGAGAGGAAGAGCAUUAAUGUUUAAUCCUUCGAUUCUUAAGUCGAUGUUGUGUAAAUUGUAUUUGGCAAUGUUUGUCAAGCAGAGAGAGAGAGAGGUGUGGGACAAAAGUUCACGUCCGUGGCCACACCAACUUUGAUUUCCUUAUUAGAGUAGAUCCCGUGUAAGAGCCAAAUUUAGUGACUAUUAACGGUCGGUUACGUCUGUUUUGUUAUUUUGUUUUUUUUUCGUUAUUGAUUCCUUCAUGAUUAUUGUAAGUCGUUUGAAAAUACAAUAAAUUAUCGUCACCUUUUUCACCUUCAAGCUGGUUUGGUUUCCCCUUUCGUCCUACAUUUUUUAUCACCGACUCAAUCCUUCCAAGCUCGUUAUUAUUCUACAAUAAAACAAAAAGAAAAAAUAAAAUAACGAUCAAAAAGAGAGCAAAAACGCGAGGAUGCUAGCGAGCAAUGUAAAAAAUGUGUUUCUUCCUGUGAAGCCGGGAAUGAACUUCGUUGAAAGUGUUGCGCGCGAGUGCGUGUGUGCUAGAUAAUGUUACUGCUAACAAAUUCACUUACUAUUGAGUAGAGACAUUAAAACAAAAAGAAAACAGAACA